AUAGAACUCAGUGUCAGUAAACAUCUUAUACUACUGAUAGAACUCAAUGUCAGUAAACGUCUUAUACUACUGAUAGAGCUAAAUAUCAGUAAACGUCUUAUACUACUGAUAGAACUCAAUGUCAGUAAACGUCUUAUACUACUGAUAGAGCUAAAUAUCAGUAAACAUCUUAUACUACUGAUAGAGCUCAAUGUCAGUAAACAUCUUAUACUACUGAUAGAGCUCAAUGUCAGUAAACGUCUUAUACUACUGAUAGAGCUAAAUGUCAGUAAACGUCUUAUACUACUGAUAGAGCUCAAUGUCAGUAAACGUCUUAUACUACUGAUAGAGCUCAAUGUCAGUAAACAUCUUAUACUACUGAUAGAACUC